GUGUCACGUGAUCUGGGUCAUAGGUAGACCUUUUUUUUUUUCCAAGGACGAAACAUGGCGGCAUCCAGCAAGAAGGUGUUUGAGCUUUUUGUCUCAAAAGUCCCUUGGACUGUCGCAACAAAGGAGAUAAAAGAGUAUUUCGGGCAGUUCGGCCAAGUGAAGAAAUGCCUCCUGGUUUUUGACAAAGAGACAGGCUUUCAUAGGGGCUUUUGCUGGAUCGGCUAUUCGUCAGAGGAAGGACUGCAGAACGCACUUCAGAAAGAUCCUCACAUUAUGGAGGGAAACAGGCUCCAAGUACAAAAGAACAGACGGCCAUUUAUGGGCAAAAAAGCAAAUAAAGAAGCUGAUGAAAGCUGAACAGGAACAUUGACUCUGUAAUGUGAAGAUUAUGUAAUUUUUUUUUUUGUCUGUUAUUACAAAUCUGUAACUUAUGUCUAUGAAAUUAACAUUGUCUUUGUGGAAAGGUGACUUUGCAACUUUAAAAUAAAUGUGCUAUUGACAUGUG